AUGCUAGUGGAAGCAAUGGGAAGCCAUAAAGGUUCAAAGAAAUACAAUUCCGUUGUGAAAGCCUCCCCUUGUGUUGAUAUUCCGGUAGAUGAGAAGGCAGAGCAUGUCAUAAAAGUGGAAUACCUUGAGAAUGGACCUUUGUUUUCUGAACUGAAGUUCUACCAGCGAGCAGCAAAACAAGAACACAUCCAGAAGUGGAUGAAGCUGAAACGACUAACAUUCUUGGGGAUACCAAUCUUUUGGGGGGCAGGACAGGCUGAACACAAUGGCAAAAGUUACCGAUUUAUGGUGAUGGAAAGGCUAGGAGAGGACCUCCAAACCACCUUUGAGAGAAGGGGACGAAAGUUUAACAAGGAAACUGUCCUGCAGAUUGGAGUACGAAUGCUGGAUAUCUUGGAAUAUAUACAUGAAAACGAGUAUGUUCAUGGAGACAUUAAGGCGGCAAAUUUACUUUUUGGCUACAAAAAUCCACACGAGGUUUAUCUUGCUGAUUAUGGACUCGCCUACAGAUAUUGUCCCAAUGGGAACCACAAAGAAUAUCAAGAAAAUCCUAAAAAGGGCCAUAAUGGGACAAUUGAGUUUACCAGCUUAGAUGCCCACAAGGGAGUCG